AUGAAGUUGUCUAAUUUUGUUGUUAGUCUCGCAUGCGUCGCUCAGCUAGUGACAGCCCAGGUCCAGUGGCCGGUACACAACAAUUCUUUGAAUACAGUUGUCGAAUGGGACCAUUACAGUUAUAUAAUCAAUGGGCAACGUCUGUUUAUUUGGUCUGGAGAAAUACACUAUUGGAGAAUUCCAGUGCCAGAGCUGUGGAUCGACAUUUUACAAAAAGCGAAAGCUUCAGGUUUCAAUGCCGUGAGCUUCUACGGUCAUUGGGGUUAUCACAGCGCUGCAGAUGGGUCUCUUGACUUCGAGACAGGCGCACACAAUUUCGAAAAGCUCCUUGAAAUUACUAAAGAAAUCGGUCUCUAUGUGCUGUUUCGCCCUGGACCAUAUGUCAACGCUGAGUCCAAUGCUGGUGGCUUCCCUGGCUGGUUAACGACAGGGGCUUAUGGCACACUCCGAAAUAAUGACUCCAGAUACACCGCUGCAUGGACACCUUACUUCAAGAGAUAUUCUGAGAUAGUUGCAAAGCAUCAGAUAACGAGAGGUGGUAGUGUGUUCAUCUAUCAGCUCGAAAAUGAGUACGGCAAUCAGUGGACAAACGUUGCCGCCAAAACGCCAAAUUACCCUGGUAUUGCGUACAUGGAACUUCUCCAGAAAACUGCGAGGGACGCUGGAAUCGAUGUUCCACUAAUCCACAACAAUCCAAAUAUGAACACUAAAUCCUGGUCCAAAGACUAUGGAGCCGGUUUUGGUGGAAAUGUUGACAAUUAUGCACUGGACCAUUACCCAUCGUGCUGGAGUUGCGAUUUGACCGAGUGCACGGGGACUAAUGGAAAUGUUCCGGAAUUUACAGUUUACAACUACUAUAACAACUUCCAGCAAGUAGCACCUACUCAACCAAGUUUCCUGGCCGAAUUUCAGGGCGGAAGUUACAACCCCUGGAGUGGCCCAGCAGGAGGCUGCGUGAAUAACACUGGACCGGAAUGGGUCAACGUGUAUUACAGACACAAUAUAGCUCAGAAGGUAUCAGCUAUGAAUGUUUACAUGCUGUUUGGAGGAACAAAUUGGGGUAAGGAUCAUGCCGUACAAUUGAUGACUGCGAAACUAAUAGGUCUCAGGAGCUUUACCAUUCCCUAUGCCGAGAGCAGAACGAUCGGACCUAAGUAUCACGAAACGAAGCUAUUCGCGCAAUUCCUGCGAGUUGCGCGGGAUUUGACCAAGGUUGAUCUCAUCUCGAAUGGAACAUUCUUCGCUUCGGACCUGACCAUCUAUACCUCGGAACUCCGUAAUCCAGAUACAAAUGCCGGAUUUUACGUCACAAUCCACACUUCAUCGCCUUCAAAGGCCCUGACCCCAUUUAAGUUGAACGUAUCAACCUCCGAGGGCAACUUCACCAUUCCUCAGUAUGCUAGUAAUAUCGUAUUGAAUGGCAGAGAAUCCAAAAUCAUUGUCACGGACUUUGCACUUGGUAAACAAAAGUUGAUUUAUUCCACAGCCGAGGUCUUAACGGUUUCGACUCAAGACAAAUCAUCACUUCUAUUCCUCUGGCUCCCUGCAUCAGAAUCAGGAGAAUUUCUCCUCUCUGGUGUGAAAUCAGCUUCGAUUCUCAAGAAAGGAGGAUGUGCGAACUUCCGAACUCACAAGAGAAGCAAUGGACUUGCCGUCUCAUACAAACAGGUCCAAGGCACAUGCGUUGUCAAGUUCGAUAAUGGUCAGAAAGUUGUCUUGAUCGACAGAUCUAGUGCUUAUAAUACCUGGUUUCCGUCAACAUCCAAGGAUCCUUACACGCCGGAAAACUCAACUAUCAUUGUGCAAGGACCAUACCUCGUCAGAUCAGCGUCCAUAUCACAGAAAACCCUCGAACUGGAUGGGGAUUGGGAAGACAGCAAUGCCAUCGAGAUUUAUGCUCCUUCAACGAUCUCGAAGGUCACGUUCAAUGGCAAGAACAUCAAAGUAUCCAGAACGAAUUAUGGGACUCUGGUCGGCAAGCUUGGUGCAGCGACUCACACCGUGGAAUCUAUCAAGGCAGGACUUCCAGCUUUGAAGAAUUGGAAAGUUGCAGAUGGCUUCCCUGAACGUGUUGCUGAAUACGACGACUCGAAGUGGACUGUUGCCAAUCAUACCGGUACCCAAAAUCCCACUAAACCAGCUACAUACCCUGUAUUGUGGGCCGAUGAUUAUGGAUACCAUGCCGGCCACUUUAUCUACCGUGGCCGAUUCUCGACUCUGAAUGCAACCACUACAGGAGUCAACCUGACACUAAUUGGUGGAGUUUACAGCGGAUGGUCAGCUUUCCUCAACGGUGACUUCAUCGGAUCUUGGAUAGGAUCAAAGUCUGUCACUCGAUCCUCUCUCGUACUUUCAUUUGCAAAUGCCACUUUGAAGUCCGAAAAUGUUCUCACUGUGGUGCUGGACAACAUGGGCCACGAUCAAACGUCCGGAGCAACAAAUCCUCGUGGCAUAUAUAACGCUACCCUCAUCGGAGGUGGAAAAUUUACCCAGUGGAAACUCGCUGGUACAGCUGGAGGACAGAAGAACCUCGAUCCUAUCCGAGGCCCGUACAACGAGGGUGGACUCCAUGGAGAACGCUUGGGAUGGCAUCUUCCAGGGUUUCCCGAUAAUUCGUGGAAGUCAAGUGCUCCAGAUGUUGGCUUGUCAGAAGCGGGCAUGAAAUGGUACAGAACCACUGUUCCUCUCAACAUCCCAGCGGGACUCGACGUAAGCUUGGGCUUCCGACUUUCCAGUCCCUCGGGAUCAGCCUUGAGAGCUAUGAUUUAUGUCAACGGGUAUCAAUUCGGAAAGUAUAGUCCACAUAUAGGAAAUCAGGUCGUCUUUCCUGUCUUUCCAGGCAUUUUAAAUUACAAUGGAAAGAACACGAUUGCUGUUAGCGUGUGGGCAAUGGAUGCGAAGGGGGCAGCGAUCGGAAUUGAGUGGGAUGUAAUCGGAGUUGUGGAAAGCGGCUUUAAGCUGCAAGACACUGCAUAUCUCAGGCCUGUGUGGAAGGACAGAAGUGCGUUCUACUGA